GCCAYUCGUUUCAAUGUACGGUUAGUAAAUGUGUUUAAUAAAUGUUAUUGCCAGCUAGCGUCUGUGCUGCCACUGCUACUGCCUGUGCUUGCACUGUUGCAUCAAUAGCAACAACAAAUAAGCAAAAUUUUAUUAUCGCGGCAUUUGCUGUGUAGCAGCWCAUACGAGUACAUAUUGUGUGCACUAUAGUUUCUAGGAGAUUACAGUGUAUAUAUAUGUGUGUGUGUGUAUAUGCAACUUUACCUCGACUGCAGCAAGCAGGCAGCCAGGCAGCCGCAAGCCACAUCCAGAUAUAGGCGAAUAGUCAGCCGGUUUGUUGGUUAGUCAGUGACUGAAGUCAAAGUGUCAGCCGGUCGCUGGGUCGGUGUAAUUCAUUCGCGUAUGUUUGUUAUACAAAGUGUUUUUGUUUAAUAUAGCGUUCGACUCGACGUGUGUUUUGUGUGUGUUCAAACACUUUUUGUUUUAUUUUGUUAUUGUAAAUUUUGCUUCGUCGGCCGGGUUUUUGUCGUCUCGCUUUUGUUUGGUCUUUCGUCGGCGCGCUGGCCUUCCUGUGGAUUCUGGUAACAGCGCGGAUACAUCUGUCUGCACGUCGGGUACAACCGUGUAUUGCAGCAAAUAGUCGCCGUCGCGUUCGGUGUGGCAGACAGGCAGCCAAAAUAGGCAGCAAAUUAUCGUUGCCGUGUUGCAUUUGAGCCGCUUUGUCCGCAUUGCAGUGAAUACAGACGAGUGCAGAUUUUUUUUUUUUACAUAAUUCGUGUUUCGAAACGUUUUUGGUAUUUAAUUUGUGCAUAUCUGCGUGAUUAUUCGACGGCGGCAAAGAAAUAUACAAAAAAACGAGCUUAAAUUGCUUUGACCGCAUCGGAGCAAUUAUUUGUGAUUUUUACCUUUAGAAUGUAAUUAUUUUUUCUUACGUUUUUGGCUUGGUUGCAGCUUUUAACUGCACAUGGGGGGAAAAAGUCAAAAAACCAUACUGCGAGGCACGCGAUUUUAAGCUUUGUUGUUGUAAUAGCAACACCUUUUUUAAAUAACUCAUAACCAUUGGUUAUUGGUUGGCUUUUAGUUAAAUACGGUCUGUCAGCUUAAAUUGGUCCAGUUUUUCUGAGCAAAAGCCAACGUGUUAAAAAGCACUUAAUUGUUGUUGCUUAACAAAUUGCCCAAACUGGCUCAAGUGUUUUAAAUUUCGGCAGAAAAGUAUACUUCGUACGCGUCAUGCUGAUAACAAUUUUAUACAAUAGUAAAUAUUAUUUAUUUACCAACACAGUGAACAACAAAAGCAACACAUGGAAAGUAAUAAGAAUACUCCCCCUCCAAUCCCGCAUAGAAACAAGUUGGYAGUAGACAAAAAACAUGUUUUCAUUAUAUAAUUUUUUGUGAAGAAAUAUACAAAAAUAUAAAAAAGUGCUGUUAAUUUUAGCAAAGAAAGCUACCUGAGCCAAAGCAAGUCAACUCAAAGAAAUAACAAAAURAAAGAUCACACCGGUGUCUAUGUAAAUAUUAUAUAAAAAAAAUAUUGACAAAAACAGCAAAUGAAUAAGCGUUUAACUAACACAGCUGCAAGCGUAAAACCGUACAUAUAUAAAUAUACAAAGAAGCUUUAUGGAUAAAGUGUAGCAACAAGACAAUGAAAUAAGUGAAGCUAAUAAUAAAAGAAGUUCGCCUGUUCUCAAGAAAGCAAAAAUCUCGCACACCGCAACUCUACAGGUGAGCUAUGCUAGUGUUUGUGUUCAAGAAGUGGAAGACGGCAAAAGUGAAUURAGCAACGGUUAGCUUACGAAGCAGCCAACUAGCCGCGAGCACUGCUCGAAACAGUGUAGAAUCAGGAAAAACUGAAAAAGUGUAUAAGAAGAAUAGCUAUUUGGCUAAAAAGUGCGACGAGAAGGUAACGACCACACAAAGCAUUCCCAAGAAAAGGUCUAAAACGCACACACACGUUCGCACAAUAAUAAAAWUUACAACAAAUAACAAAUACAAUUACUUUAAAAACGUGUGUAUCCAAAGCAUAAUUGAUAGCAAAACGCUGCAAGAAGUGAAGACGAAACAACAGCAAAAACGUUGAACACGUUAAAAACGCACAGGAAGCCAACAACGGUGGAGCAAACAACGUUGACUCGACGCGCGUACCACACGCACACGCAUACAGACGUACAUAGUAAAUACUCAAAUCGACAUUUAUUUACCGCUGUGAUUCAAAAAAAGUAGCCAAAAUCACACUAAGACUGCGUUCCUCAGCGCAAAGUCAACAACUCCGCCGCCUUCAACACACACACUCGAACGCGCAUAUGCACGCACAUAGCUACCUCCGAAAAAUUCUAAACCACCGAUUUAUAUACAGAUAUUUGUUUAUUUAUAUAAAACAACUUUUUGUUGUUGUCGAAGUGUAACAAAAAAAAAAAAAAGUAACACUACAUCAAAAUGAUGAUGAUGGAUACGACAAGCGGCGAACAAGCCGGUCCACUCGACAGUCCGCGGGCAGGUGAUGUACCCGCGAUUGCGGCCACCUUCACAGUUGUGAAAAUGGACGAAGCACACACCGAGGCAAUGGAUGCGGAGAGCAAUAACAAUCACAUUGAAGUGCACGAGUACAAGGAGCAUCGCAAGAGCAAGAAGAAGAAACGCGAUAAGCGUGAUAAGGAACGACGUAGCGAAAAGCACCAUCGUCGCGAGCGUGAUGGUGAACGUCAUCAUCAUCGACGUCAUCGUGAUCGCGAACGUGAUGAUGGCGAACAUCAUCAUCACAACAAUCAUCAUCACCAGCAUGCGCAUCUGAAUCACUCUACCUCAGCAUCGUCAUCGCCCUCCUCAUCGGCGUCAUCGUUUUUAUCAGCGACAAUAUCAAAUGAAUAUAUUGCCGUGUCACCCGCCUCUUCAUCGCCCUGCUGCAGCGUAGUGUCAGCGGUGAGCAGUAACGCCAGCGUAGUGACGGCAACUACGGCAACGGCGUUGUCAUAUCCGCACAAUUUGAAAAUACGUUUCCUGCUUUCCGGGCAAAAAACUGAACUGAGUCCACCCGCACAUCAAACACACAGCAMCGAUGCGAAUAGCACGCAAAGCGGUAGCAACGGUUCUGGCAACAGCAGCCACAAUUCGGCCUCAUCAGGUGCAACAUCCGCUUCAAUAUCCGCCUCCAUUGCCUCCACUGCGGCGGCAUCAACACUCUCCACCGCCACCGCCUCGCACAAAUACACACUGUCAACGGAUGCCAAAAAUGGUGGUGGCGGAGCAACAAAUUUAAGCACCAGCAAUGUCAACUCGUCGGCGUCGAAUGCGCAUAAAUCCAACACCGCUGGCAGUACAAAUAGCAACAACAACAGCGGUAGCAAUUCAAAUGCCCAAAAUUACACCAGCGCAAAGGAGCAGCAGCAUCAUCGCGAUGACCGUUACACCACACAAGCGCCAACGAACAGCGCUGCGAAUGCCGCCAGCAAUGCAGCGAAUGCGGCAGCCAACGCGCCCAGCCUAUAUGUCUCUGUGCCACUCUCCACCGCCAAUGUACCUGGAAUCAAUUUGCCAACAAGCAGCGCAGCAGGUGGCGCAACAGAUCACCAUGCCCCACCUUCACAGUCGACGCGCGCAGCUGCAGCAGCUAUAAGUCAACAGCAACAACAUCAGGGUGGUGCUGCAACAAUUAAUAUGACAGGGAGCAACACGUCGGGCACGCAUGCGACUGCCACAACGACAGCACUUGGUGCGAUUGGUAGUAGUGGUGGUGGUGGUGGCGCUGGUGGAAUGCUGGAGCGACAAUCACCACGCAUUCAUCAUCAACCGCCGGCGCUUUCCGAACAUCACAGUAAUAGUAACAGCAGUUAUUUUGCUAGUUCGGCAAGUGGUCUGCCAACAGCGGCGCAUAGCAGUGUCAUACAUCAGAGCGGUAAAUCGCCAUCGGGCAAUAUGAUGUUGAGCGCAAGCAGCAAUCCCAAUCUGAUGGCCACCACAACGGAGACUGGCAACCUGAAAAUCAGUUAUGAAAAGCAAACAACGCGUGUCAGUCAGCUGCAAGAGCAAGAAACAGCACCAGUGCGAAGGAGCAGGUCGCGUUCGGGUGAGAGUAGUAUGCAAGCGUUACAGGCGCAACAACUACAACAACACCAUCAACAGCAGCAGCAGCAGCAACAGAGUGGUCAAUCACAGCAGCAGCAGCAGCAACAACAAGCGUUGGCAACACAAAAAACCAAUUCCCGCUCCGGUAAGAAAAGGGCCGCAGCUGCCGCAGCAGCAGCCGCAGCCGCCGCCGCUUUGGUUGGCAACAAAAAUCGCGAUUCGCCAAUWGAAAAGCUAACGAAAUCAUCACCGUCGCCAAUACAACAACAUUUUCGCAACGAAUUAGCAACRCCUACACCACCACCAAACGCACCCUCACCACUGUCACUGCCACCGCCUAGCGCUUCGACACCGACACCAACACCCACACCUACACAUACACCUUCACCAUCGCCGGUUGUAAUGUUACAAGGCAGCAGUAACAGCAAURCAUCCAAUACAGCAUCACCAACAAGGCAAAAGCAUGCCAACGGCAACGGUGGCAACGAAGCGAACGGCGCUGGCRACGUGAAUGCCAAUGGGGGAAGUAAUAAUGGUGGCGGUGUCAGUGGCACAUCAACAAAUAUGGUCGCGACAAAUCUUACGCUGGCAGGUGCAACAUCCAGUUCAGGUCUCACAACCGCUGCCUCGUCCUUCUCCAGUCAUGAUUGUGACAUGUCUGGUGCCACUGUCAAAUCGGGUAACAACAACGACGAAGUUGUGAAUCUUAGCUCUAAUCAGGGCGCUUUAAAUAAUGCCAGACGUGGCGGUGGUAAURCCUCAAGUACUGCAAUAGAAGGUGGCAAUAUGGGCGCCACCGGCGCGGGUGCGUCUGGUAAGAACACAAACGAUGCAUCUUUGAUAACCACAAAUCUAGGUGGAAAACCACUGAAUAAGAAAUUGUUACGUGCACAACAAACGCUCUAUCAGCAACAGUUAGCCGCGCAGCAACAACAACAGCAGCAACAACAAAAGCGUUCACCUGAUCACAAAAAUGGUGGCGGUAGAAAUACAAAUGCCACCACAGGCGCAACUGCCGCCACUUCCUCCACCUCCUCAACCAGUUCCCCUUCCUCUAAUACGGCCACAGUUUCGCCUGCUAAAGCUUUAACUAAUCUAACCAAUACUAAACCUAAUAACAAUCCUUCCACUGCUAAUCCCUCAAGUAACACUGCAACAUCAACUGCUUUUACUAACUCAACCACUAGCCACAAUUUAAAUAACAGUAGCAAUAGCAAUAUUAAUAACGGCAAUAGUAGUAGCAAUAGCGCCACUAACACAAGUCAGCUGCAAACGCAACAGCAUCAGCAACAACAACAACAAUCCGCUCAACAGCAACAGCAGCAACAAAAUAAUGUUGCUGCUGCUAGCGACAGUAAUAAUGAUAUCAUAGAAAUUUUGCAAUUAACCCCAACCAACACUUCUACUUCUUCAACGCUAACUCAUCAUCAACAUCAUGCCUCUAAUCAUCCACCACAAUCAAAAACAUUGCAAACCCCCGCAAACUUGGCAACAACUUCAACAACCACAUCGGCUGGUAUACACCACAGAACGCCAGAUAGCGGCAUCUACUCCUCCUCGUCCUUUGUGGCGAACAGCAGCACCGUAUCGAAUGCCUCCUCGAGCAGCAGCAGUAGUAGCGUUGGUUGCGGUGGCCUAAAAUUCAGUUACGAACCUCAAGCCGCGGCAAUCGAUUCGCCGGCAGCACAUUUACUCACCGCCGUCACAACUGCAACAGCGUCGUUAAACGCAAUGACGACUAAUAUUACCACAACCACCUCUACCACAACCAUCAAAGACUCACCGCCCAGCUCACCAGGCUCCGAAAUCGGUGCAGUGGCAACAGCGCCACGGAAACGUGGACGUAAAGCAAAAGAUCCACUUGCAAAUGCGAAUGAGGCGAAAGUUGAUGUCAAAGUUUUUCAGAAUGGUGGUCAUGUCUUAGGUGCCACGCCCACAACCGCCGCUGCAGCAAAUAUGGCGAACAGUGCGCCGUCAGGUGUGCCCAGUAGCGGUUCGACGUUGCACACCGCUGCCCACAUGCUCGGCAAUCAACUAAAUCCGAAUAGCAAUGUGGCACAGAAGCUCUCCGACCAACUGCACAUGGAAAUACAGGAUCACAGCAUCUACACCGCAGAUACUGUAACACCGCAAUUUGUGGGUGUACCUUUCCCAGGCAAAUCGACGCGUAACACUACUUCGACGCCGAUCUCAACCAGCAACAACACGCUCACAAUCAACUCAGUCAGCGCUGUAACACCCGCAACAGAAAUGACCGGUGGCACAUCAUUAGCAUCGAUGUUCGGCAGCGGUGUGAAUGGUAAUAUGUCCAUACCGCAAAGUUUGGAACAACUGCUCGAACGUCAGUGGGAACAGGGCUCACAAUUUCUCAUGGAGCAGGCGCAGCACUUUGACAUCGCUUCUUUGCUCUCCUGCCUACAUCAAUUGCAACGUGAAAAUGUACGCUUAGAGGAACACGUGACCAGUCUGAUUGCACGUCGGGAUCACCUGCUAGCUGUGAAUGCACGGCUUGCCGUUCCACUGAAAACGAAUACUACGCAGAGCCAAGCCACGGCCGUAUCAUCGACAGCGAUAUCCACCAGUGUUGCCASCGUCUCGACAACAGCUCCAGCCGCAGGCGUUGCGACAGCGACCUCGGCAAUAGCAGCUGCCUGUGCAGCAGCAGCAAUAGCAACAACAACAGCAGCGGUUAAUGCGCUUGGCGGUAACAAUGCGGGCACUGGCGUCGGAGCUACAGGCGGCACUAGUACCAUUGGCCCUGCCAAUGCCGGCACCGCUUUAACAACUGUUGUAACUGCUGCAGCAACGUCACUUGCUACCGCUGUGACCACRUCGCUAACUGCUAUGACUGUGAAUACACGCGUGCCCAAUACSAGCACAACGGCAUCAGCUGGUGCAGGGGGUGGGGCACCAGCUUCGCGCCUAAAUACAAGUGUGCCACAACAACACGUGUUGGAAAAUGGCAUCGAYUUUCGGCAAGCAAGCGCAGCAACAACGACAACGUCAGCGCAUGGUGGUACAGUUGGCAGCGGUGGAGGCGUUGGUCCACCCAUGGGCAUGAGGCACUCCACGGCCAGCUAUGUAAGUGCCUCAGGAAUACCAGCAACCAGCAUUGCAGGCAAUCUGGCAACAGCAAUGCAUCCCAAUAAUCUCGAAGGMCUUGGCAACAUGYAUACAACAGCUGCAACCACAGGUGGCGCAGCAACCGCUGUUGUUGGUAUGUCCACAAUGACGGCAAAUCGUCUUGCACAACAACAACAACAACAACAACAGCAUCAACAGCACAUGCAUUCAUUGCAUCAGCAGCAACAGCAACAACACCAGCAUCAUCAAAUGUCGCUUGCGGCCGCACAGCAACAACAGCAGCAGCAGCACAUAGCACAAAGUGCCGCCGCAGCAGCGGCCAUGCAUCAUCACCAACAGCAACAACAACAGCARCAGCAGCAGGCUGCUCAUACGCACUUGCACGCCACCCAUCCGCUACAUCUAGCACACACGCAUACACAUGCACCGCACGUGCACACGCAUGCUCCUCAUACACAUCACGCACAUCAAACGCAUCCCAAUGCCCAAGUUAACGUCAACGUCAACGCCGGCAUCGGUGUCGGUGUAGGUGUCGAACCACAUUCACUUGCAUCAACGCGUCUCGGUGGCGUCGGAGGAAAUGGCGGUAUGGUGGGCAUGGUUGGGCCACACAUUGGCAAUAAUAAUAAUCCGAAUAGCAGCAACAACACCGCGGCAUCACGAGUCGCAGCUAAGACGCGACGAUAACCUAGUAAAGCCCAGCUGAAAAUCGACAGCAGCUUUAUUGGCCUUUCGCCCUAGCCGUCAG